UUCUCCGGGACCUGCUUCGGAAUCCUGUAGACUAGUUUCUAAUCAGGGAUGGGCACCCUGGACCAGGCUGCAGCAGGUUAGUUCCUCCCUAACACCACCCCUACUGUGUGUAUUCCGGCUGCGAACCGCUGCUGCCGAGCAACACGGACGGAGACCAGGAAGGUCCACCACCGCCGCCGCCGAGGUGAGCCUGCUCCCCGUCACCCUCCUCCGCCUCCUCCGCCUCCUCCUCCUCCUCCGCCUCCUCCUCCGGUCCUCCUCGGAGCAGAAUGCGCUGAUCUGCGCUCAGUCUCGUGGAAUGAUGAUUUCUGUCGUCUCCACUGUGGAGAGCGUUCCCAGAGGUACGGGCACCCCGGCGCCGAGCCUUUACCAGCGCAUCAGGAGGGUCUUAACCAGGGACCUGUUGGUGACCCUGGCCCUGGGUCAGGUCCUGUCCUUGUUAGUCUGUGCUAUCAGUCUGACCAGCAAGUACCUGGCUGAUGACUUCCACGCCAACACGCCGGUGUUCCAGAGCUUUCUCAACUACAUCCUGCUGUUUCUGGUCUACACCACCACACUGGCAGUCAGGCAAGGGGAAGGGAACCUGCUGGCCAUUCUGAAGCAGCGCUGGUGGAAAUACAUGAUUCUGGGUUUGAUAGACAUCGAGGCCAACUACCUGGUGCUGAAAGCUUACCAGUACACUACACUCUCCAGCGUACAACUAUUGGACUGUUUUGUCAUCCCAGUGGUCCUGCUGCUGUCCUGGUUCUUUCUUUUGGUGAGGUACAAGGCUGUCCAUUUUGUCGGGGCCGGGCUGUGCCUGCUGGGUGUCGGCUGCAUGGUGGGAGCUGACUUCCUACUCGGUCGGCAGCAAGGCCUUGGAGAGGAGAAGCUGUUUGGGGACCUUCUUGUUCUGGGAGGAGCAACACUGUACGGGAUCUCCAACGUCUGUGAGGAGUUCAUAGUAAAGAACUUGAGCCGCGUGGAGUUCCUCGGCAUGAUGGGACUAUUCGGAUCCUUCUUCAGUGGCAUCCAGUUGGCCAUCAUGGAACACAAGGAGCUGCUGAAGGUACCCUGGGACUGGCAGAUAGGUCUUCUGUACGUUGGUUUCAGUGCCUUCAUGUUCGGCCUGUACAGCUUCAUGCCGGUGGUCAUAAAGAGAACGAGUGCCACCUCAGUCAAUCUCUCUCUGCUCACAGCUGACCUGUACUGCUUCUUCUGUGGCCUCUUCCUCUUUCACUACAAGUUCUCGGGCCUCUAUCUGUUGUCGUUCCUCAUCAUUAUCUUGGGCCUUGUCCUUUACGCCACUUCAUCUACCUAUGUGGCCCAGGACCCGCGAGUCUACAAGCAGUUCAGGAACACAGCCGGUCAGCCGGCCACCGACCAGCCUCCGCUCGGUACUGAAGUCCUGGAGCCCUCCGUCACCUACACCAGCCUGGGUCCCGAGGCGGGGGAUGAGCUUCCUGUACGUGUUGCCUAAAAUCUGGCAGGUAGUUUAGUCUGUCAGCUGAGUGACCAGUGAGUCAGCUACAGCUGUAUACAGAGAAAUAGUGCUGGCUGUACCCUGUCUGCUGAGCAGGGCUGCUGGGUGAUCACCCAGGUAGGUCCAGGUUUUUAUUUUUAUGGCCUGUAUUAGGGAGGAGGGGGGGGGGGCGGCGAGUCUCCACCCGCUCAGUGACCAAGACAAAAUCAUGUAUUCAAAAUUUGUACCUAAAAAAUCAAAAAGCAGAAUGUUUGUUAAAACAAAUAGCAAAGUGAGUUGAGUUCACUGUGAUCAAAGACUGCGAGUAGACAGUAGUGACUGAAAAAAAAUCAUGUAAAUAGAUGGUAUUGUAAUUUUUACUGUAAUUUAAUCUCCUGCUUUCUUUUUUUUAUAUCUGUCAAGAAUGUUUGUGCUUAAUUCCGGUGUGUAUCUUAAAGUUUAAACGGUGGAAUGUUGGAAGCAAUAUAUUUCCUAACUUCACAGGGUUACUGAAAGACUGUUUGGUUCUAUGUCCACUUUAUGACUGUACAUAAUCUCCUGUCUGGAUUAUUUACAAAGGAUUUAUUAUUCUCCUCUUAUAAUUGACUUUGUAUCCUGUUUGAUGUGGUGCAUUGAAGUUGCUGUCAACAAUGUGCUUACAAUGUUACCUGUAGUAAAAUAAAACAUCAUUG